GUCAAGUCCUGCCGAGUCUGAGGCUUCCGCGACUUCACUUCUUCUGCAAAACGCACGCUUCAUUCAUGCUGAGUUCGCAUCCUGCGGCACGCAGCGCACAUCGCUGCUCUUUUGACAGGCCGAGCCCCUGAAUGAACCUCUCGUUCCGAGGUUCUUCUUUUCAACUUUUUUUCCUUUUGUUUCUGGUUCCUCUUGCCGCAGCCUUCGAAGGGGGCCGCUCACUUCAAUGCAAAAGCACUUCUUGCUCUUGCCAGCGGCGUGCCUGCUGCUCGGGGGAAUCGGUCUCUAUGUCCAACGGGACCAGCUUGCCUACCUUGCGCGACCCGAGUUCCUCAACCCUAUCGCCCAUGGCCAGGAACAUGCCCCGCCGUCACCAUCCAAGACCACCUCCUCAGACCCCGCCACCAUCACUACUACUGCAAGUGAGUGCCAAAGGUUCCCUCUAGCAUUGCCGCGGCUUCUGACCUUGACGAACAGCAUUUCUGGCCGAGUCGACAAGGGCAGCUUAUGUGAAGGCCAUCAUGAACCCGGACGCCACGGACCUUCCUCGCAUGGAAUGUCCCAAGCUGGACUCAUCGCGGUACAAGCAGUUGCAGGAGACGGGCGGCGAUCAGGGCAUCCGGUACUUCUUCGCCCUCGACCUCCGCCAAUGCCUCGCCAUUCUUCCCCGCCUCCUCGGCAGCGUGGUCGAAGCAAUCCGCUUCCUGGGGCCCGAAAAGUGUGCCCUCUCCAUCGUCGAGGGCAACUCGGACGACGGCACGAGCGAGGUGCUGGCCGCGCUCCGCCCGGAAUUGGAAGCCCUGGGGCUGCUGGCCUACCACUUCAACACGUCCCCGAUAAACCCCAAAAAGGGCAACCGCAUCCAGGCCCUCGCGACGCUGCGCAACCUCGCCCUGCAACCGCUGCUCGACCGCUACUACACCAAUCCCAAGCAGUCUUCGCCGCCGCCACCACCCACCCCGCCGCCCACCGUCAUCUUCCUCAACGACGUCGCCAUCUGCCCGGAGGACAUCCUGGAGCUGGCGCACCAGCGGCGCGCCCUGGGCGCCGACAUGGUCUGCGCGAUGGACUGGACCUACGUCGGGCAGGACCCGACCUUCUACGACGUGUGGGUGGCGCGGGGGCUGACGGGGGACUCGUUCUUCGAGAUCCCGCCCGACGGCAGCUGGGACCUGGCCUGGAACCUGUUCUGGAACGACCCGGGCGCGCGGGCGCGCCUGGCCGCGCGCCGGCCCUUCCAGGUCUUCUCGUGCUGGAACGGCGCCGCCGCCUUCUCGGCCGCGCCGCUGGUCGACGACCAGUCUUCGGUCCGGUUCCGCGCCCCGCGCGAGGGCGAGUGCUUCCAGGGCGAGCCGCAGCUCUUCUGCAAGGACCUGUGGUUCCACGGCUACCGCAAGAUCGCCGUCGUGCCCGCCGUCAACCUCGAGUACUCGGACGACGCCGGCCGGAGGAUCAAGGAGGCCAAGGGCUACGCCUCCACCUGGGUCGGCGCGCCCGGGUGGGAGGACGACUCGAUCGAGUGGCGCAACGACCCGCCCGAGGGCGUCAAGUGCAUUCCCGCGUACGAUAAGCAGUUUUUUGAGGCCUGGAACAAGACGCAGCCGGGAACAUGAAGAGGAAGGCGGAGGAAUCAAACAAAAUCGAAUGAAAAUGGGGCGGAUGGUUGAAUGUUGAGUAGUUGCGAGCAUACCGGAGCCAUGUUAGGCCACGCUGAUGCGAGAGGCGUA